AUGGCCAUGAGCGUAGAUCAUGAUGAUGGUGUUCAUACUGGUUUCAUAUGGGAAAAUCAGUCAUGGAGUGAUCUCUUAAAUUUUGAAAACAUAGAUGAGACUAGCAAACAAAAGUUAGGUAUGAAAUCAUUGAACCAUAAAGAAGGACUUAAUGAAGGAGAAGUUCAUGUGAGUAAAAAACAAAGUCGAGGUGAGGUUGUGAUUAUAAGUGAGAAUGAUAUAAAUGGUGGAGGUAAAGGUGAAAUUUAUCGUGAUUUAGAUCAUGAAAUGCAUCUCUUGGCUGAGAGAGAAAGGAGAAAGAAAAUGAGGAACAUGUUCUCUAGCCUUCAUGCUUUGCUUCCUGAACUACCUUCAAAGGCUGAUAAUUCAACAAUUGUGGAUGCAGCAGUGAAGCAAAUAAAAUAUCUAAAGCAUGUUGUUGAAAAGUUAGAAAAGAAGAAGCAAGAAAAGCUUAAAUAUAUAUCCCUAUUUGGAAGUGAGUCAUUAUCUAUGAUAAAAAAAUCACAUUGGCGUCGUUAUGAAUCAAGGGAAACAAUCAUAGCUGAUCAUGGAUCCUUAAGUUAUGAUAAUAACUUUCCUACUAACGCAGUUGCAACUUCAUAUCAUAAUUCAAAAACAUUGGCACAAUAUGCAUCUCCACCACAACAAGCAGCUUUGCAAACAUGGUCUUAUCAAAAUGUUGUCUUAAACAUUUGUGGUGGUGAAGCACAAUUCUCCAUAUGUGCUACUAAAAUGAUAGGUUUUUUGACAAGGAUUGCUUUUGUGUUGGAAAAAUAUAGGAUUGAUGUUGUAUCUGCCAACAUUACAUGCAAUGGAAAUGCAAACUUCUACAUGAUUCUAGCUCAGGCUAGACAAUGUUUACAUGAUUCAAAUUCAGUGGAGGAAACUUACAAGCAAGCAGCUAGAGAAAUUAUGAUGUUGAAUUCUUAA